UCCCUCUUCUUCUUCUCUUUCACCAAACAAAGAAAGAAACCAAGUUCUUGAUCUUGAGACCAUGCUUAAAUCUAAAAAGCUCCAUCUCAUCUUCCUCACAGUCCUCUUCCUUCUCUUCAUCUUCCUCUCAACCACAAAGUCUGAUGAUCAUAUUCAGAGCUUCUCCCUUGCCAACUUCACCAGGGAUAACACAGAUCCCUGACUUCUUCUUCUCCGUAGACACCGGUGUGUCCCAGAAUGCCCUUCAGAUCACACCGGACACCUCCAACGUCCAAGACAACUACCUUGUCAACAAGUCUGGCAGGGUUAUCUUCAAUACUCCAUUCCAACUCUGGCAACCAUUAAAUUCCACAACCAAACGUUCAGCUUCUUUCAACACCUCCAUCCUCGUCAACGUCUUCCGUGUCAACCAAUCAGUCAUCCCCGGUGAAGGUAUAGCUUUUGCCAUUUUGCCAUCUUUAGAUGAUCCUCCUGCUGGUAGCCAUGGUGGCUACCUUGGCCUUACCAAUGAGACUUUAGAUGGAAAACCUUCAAACCGGUUUGUAGCCAUUGAGCUUGAUACUGUGCAACAAUCUUAUGAUCCUGAUAACAACCACAUAGGUCUGGAUAUAAACAGUGUCAAGAACCAAACUACUGCACCUUUGACACCAUUUGGUAUAGAGAUUGUUCCUGUAACACCAACCAAAUACACAGUGUGGAUAGAUUAUGAUGGUGUUAAUCAUAGGAUAGAUGUGUUCAUGGCCAAGGAAGGGGUGGCCAAGCCUGGAAAGCCAGCUUUAACCCAGUCAUUAGAUAUUAGCUUGUUUGUUUCUCAGUGGUCUUACUUUGGUUUCUCUGCAUCCACUAGUUCCAACUAUGAGCUUCACUGUGUGCUUGGAUGGAACCUUACCAUUGAGAUACUUCCUGGAGAUAAGAAAAGUAGUUUUACAACAUGGAAGAUUGUGGUGAUCCUGGUUGCAUUGUUGGUUGUGUUAAUCACUGUGUUUGGGUUGGUUGUUAGCUUUUACAUGAAGAGAAGGAAGGUGAGGGAUGAUCCAAGUGUGUUGAUGGGAGCUUUGAAGAGUUUACCAGGGACACCAAGAGAGUUUGAGUUCAAGGAGUUGAAGAAAGCUACUAACAACUUUGAUGAGAAGUUGAAGUUAGGUCAAGGAGGUUUUGGAAUUGUUUACAAGGGUGUUCUUGCCGGAGAGAACGCUGAGGUGGCUGUCAAGAUGUUCUCUAGGGACAGAACCAAGUGCCAAGAUGAUUUCUUGCAUGAACUCACCAUCAUCAACCGGUUGAGACACAAACAUCUAGUCAAACUUUUAGGAUGGUGCCACAAGAAUGGACUACUUUUACUUGUAUAUGAGUACAUGCCAAACGGAAGUCUAGACCAGCAUCUAUUCAUCAACGCCGGCGAUGACCGGCCUUUACUUCCCUGGGACCGACGUUACACAAUUAUCGCCGACGUUGCCUCGGCUCUCCACUACCUUCACAAUGAAUACGAUCAAAGAGUAGUGCACAGAGAUCUCAAAGCAUCAAACAUCAUGCUUGACUCUUUGUUUAAUGCUAGAUUAGGUGAUUUCGGUCUUGCUCGAGCAUUAGAAACAGAUAAAACUUCUUAUGCUGAGUUAGAGCUCGGCGGCGUGCCGGGAACAAUGGGGUACAUAGCACCGGAAUGCUUCCACACCGGAAAAGCCACAAGAGAGUCUGAUUUAUAUGCUUUUGGUGCUGUUGUUCUUGAGACAGUCUCCGGCAAGCGUCCACGUUGUGAUAUUUCAGGGUUUCAGUUCUUGGUUGAUUGGGUUUGGAAACUAUAUAGGGAAGGAAGACUUCUUGAUGCUGUUGAUGGGAGGCUCGCCGGAGAGUUUGACGGCGAGAAGGCACGGCGGUUGUUGUUGCUUGGGUUGGCUUGUAGUAAUCCGGCAGCAGGGGAAAGGCCAAAGGCUGAGGUUGUGGUGCAGAUUAUAUAUGGGACGGUGGAGCCCCCGGUGAUACCACCUUUCAGACCGGCGUUUGUUUGGCCGUCGGCGGCGGUUGUGGGUGAUGAUUUGGAGUCUAGUACUAAGAGUUCGGUGGUGACUUCGUCUUAUUAUGGUUCGUCGGCAGGGUGGACUUCUCAGUGUCUUAGUAAAGAGGUUCAUGCUUCAACGUUGGAAGAUGUUUCUUUGCCAUGAAUUAUCAUUGAUCAUGCAUGCAUGCAUGCAUGAAU